UCUUGCUUAUCUCUUUUGCUCUCUUUAGCUUUCCAUCAAACAAUUUGCGCAGCCUUAUCUAGCAGCAGCUUAAGGUGGCUGGCCUUGGAGUUUCGAAUGUGGAUGCACUGAUUCGGUUGAACAUCGGAUGAAUUCAUUUUUGGGUCUUGAAACCACGUGAGCUUAGAGCUUGAGUGUAGGUCGACUUGCAACAUAAUUUGACCAACAGAAAAUAUAGCAUGCUGAAAUACCUUAUACCUUUGGCCAAAAAACAAAAAGAAUUACGUUAUACCUAACAGGAAAUCUAAACGUUUAUGUUUUUGUUUAGGGGUCUUUUCCUUUUGCAUUGGUGCAACAUCAACUCAUCUUUGGCUUGCAAUUCUUCUUAGAGAACAAUCCUUUGAUAGUUUUAUAGUCCAGUCUGCAAAGAAAAAUGAGAAGAACAUUUUCUGCUUGAAUUGUUGCAUUACUAUCUGCGCCCACUGCUUUCCUGUUCACCGUCCUCAUUGUCGGCUAAGAAGAUAUGUUUAUCAAGAUUUUAUCAUCAGAUGAAUAAAAGCAGCAAUGGGGUGGCUAAUUAAAAGUAGUCAUGUGGAUAUCGAAAUCUGUUCGAUUUGUUUCCCAGUUACUCUAUUAUAUCAGGUGAGAGUAUGAUGUCACGCCUAAAUACGCGCGCGUGUUUCAUCGCAACCCGAAGCUUGAGCUCUACCAAUCUUCUCCCAGCAGGCAACGAACCCAACAAUCUUCUCAACAAGGUGCGCCUGCUAUCCUCACGGGGACAACUCCUGGAAGCUCUCUCACUCUUAUACAAUACAGUGCCGGAACUUCACUGUCAACAAAUAUAUGCCACUCUGUUCCAUGAAUGCGCCCGCCAUGGAUAUCUUCAACAAGGUCUUCAUUUGCAUCAUUUCAUGCUUGCCCAUUUUCCCAACAGCACCUCUGACCUCUUUGUCACCAACCAUCUCAUCAACUUUUACUGCAAAUGUGGCCAUUUACAAUAUGCUCAGCAAUUGUUUGAUGCAAUGCCUGAAAGGAAUGUUGUUUCUUGGACAGCACUUGUUUCAGGGUAUGCACAAUGUGGUCGGGGUGUGGAAUGUUUUGGUCUCUUUUCUAGCAUGUUGGUUGAUUGUCGGCCAAAUGAAUUUGCGUUUACAAGCGUGCUUAGUUCGGGUGAUUACUUGCGUGGAAAGCAAGUGCAUGCACUCGCAGUGAAGAUGGGAUUGGAUGCUUCUGUUUACGUAGCAAAUGGUCUUAUUACCAUGUAUAGCAAGAGUUAUAAGAUAGAGGAGGCUUGGACAUUGUUUAAGAGUAUGCGCUAUUGGAGUCUAGUUUCUUGGAAUUCAAUGAUUGCCGGGUUUCAUUUAGCAAAGCUUGGGAUGCAAGCUAUUGGGGUUUUUGUCAAAAUGCAUCACGAGGGCAUUGGGUUUGAUCGUGCCACACUGCUCAGUAUCUUUUCUUCAUUAUGUGGAAGCAGUGGUAUUGAUAUAGAUCUGGGUCUUAAGUUUUGCCUUCAAUUAUACUGCCUUAGUGUUAAAACCGGUUUUAUCUCUGAAGUUGAAGUCGCAACUGCAUUUAUGAAAGCUUAUUCAGAUUUUGGAGGAGAUGUUUCUGAAUUUUAUCAUCUCUUCUUGGAGCCAAGUUGUCCUGGCGAUAUCGUUUUUUGGACUAGCAUAAUAACUGCAUUUGCAGAACGUGACCCACUUGAAGCUUUCUUCCUUUAUCGGCAACUGCUACGAGAGGGCUUGACACCAGACUUGUAUACUUUUUCAAUUGUACUAAAAGCUUGUGGAGGCUUUGUAACUGAGCAGCAUGCCUUGGCAAUUCAUUCACAAAUGAUUAAAGCUGGGUUUGAGGAUGAAACAGUGCUAAAAAAUGCCUUGAUCCACUCCUAUGCAAGAUGUGGCUCUAUUGCUUUGUCUAAGCAAGUUUUUGAAGAAAUGGGAUGUCAUGAUUUGGUUUCCUGGAACUCAAUGCUUAAGGCCUAUGGUUUACACGGAAAAGCUAAGGAAGCACUACAACUCUUUCCACAAAUGGAUGUCAAACCUGAUACUGCUACCUUUGUUGCUCUUCUUUCAGCUUGUAGCCAUGCUGGACUGGUAGAAGAAGGGAUCAGAAUCUUUGACUCCAUGUUUAAGAAUUAUGGUAUUAUUCCUCAAUUAGAUCACUACGCUUGUAUGGUAGACAUUCUUGGACGAGCUGGGCGAAUAAUUGAGGCUGAGGAACUCAUAAGUAGAAUGCCUAUGGAGCCUGAUUUUGUGGUUUGGAGUGCUCUACUUGGGUCAUGUAGGAAGCAUGGUGAAACCCAGUUGGCUAAAACUGCAGUAGCUAAACUAAAGGAGAUGGAGCCUAAAAGUUCAUUAGGUUAUAUACAAAUGUCAAAUUUAUAUUCUUCAAGCGGCAGUUUCAAUGAAGCAGGAACAAUUAGAAAAGAAAUGAAUGUGACAGGAGUUAAAAAAGAACCUGGUCUAAGCUGGAUUGAGGUUGGAAACCAGGUGCAUGAGUUUGCAUCCGGAGGCAGACAUCAUCCUCAAAGAGAGGCUAUAUGCACCAAGCUUGAGGGACUGAUUGGGCAGUUAAAGGAGAUUGGUUAUGUACCAGAAAUAAGCUUCGCCUUACAUGACAUUGAGGAGGAGCACAAACAAGAGCAAUUAUUCCGCCACAGUGAGAAGAUGGCUUUGGUAUUUGCCAUAAUGAAUGAAGGGAGUUUGCAUUGUCGUGGAAGUGUGAUAAGGAUUAUGAAGAACAUCCGAAUUUGUGUUGACUGCCAUAACUUCAUGAAGUUAGCUGCAUAUCUUCUUCAAAAAGAGAUAAUUGUUAGGGAUUCAAAUCGUUUCCACCAUUUUAAAAAUAAAAUCUGCUCUUGUAAUGAUUAUUGGUGAUAAGCUAGCCCUUCUUGGUUUACACACCUAGACUAAAAAAAUGAAUUACAUCUUUAUUGAUAAGAAAAUGAAAUA